AUGCGAAGCGCAGACUUUUCUAGUCCGCGGAUCCUGUCAAAUUUAAUAAGCAGGCGCGAAAGGCAACAAGAGAUGAUCUCCAUUGUAACGUUCUCUCUGAGAAUCAAAAGUUACCUGCUGUCACAGUGCAAAAUCUAUCAUCCCCUCUCAAGCGAUCUAAUGCAGAUAAUCUCCUUCUUGACCUUCAUACCUCUGGCAUACCUUGAAACUUUAGCAUUUGCCCAAAGAAAAAGGCUUUUAAAACAUUAG